AUGGGUGGCCGCGGUCCGGUGCAGCACCCAGGCCGCGGAAUGGUCGCCCCUGGCCGCAGAAAGGGCGCUGUGCGCCGACUGCGCAGAAAGGGAAAGGGGCGUGGAAGAACUCCCCGUCCGGUGGAGAAGACUGAAGAGCAUGAGCUGUUGAGGGAUCUCCCGGAGGAGCUCGAUGAUGACACGAAGGUGGCCAAACGGGUGGCAUGGCUCAACAAGUUUGGACACUUGUCGCAGCAGAUCAACUUCGCUGAAGUGGCCGAGCCGCUGGAUACUUUGAAAGUGCCACAUGCUAUGGGCCUCUUGAGAGAGUUGGAGAUGCACGGGACGAAGGUCUCGGACCCGACGGAUUGGAUCAAGAGGGCGGUGGAAGAGGUGGGAAGCGAUGCGAUGGAGGAGGAUGACGAUGCCGUGGAAGACAAACUGACCGAGUUGAACACCUCCGGACGGUUGUUGGCACCGAUUCAAGUGGCAGAGGUGAAAGGAGGAUUGGAGCGUCUUCCAGAAGAAGAUGCGCUGGACCUUCUCCAGGAUGUGCUGAAUCGAGGCAGUUCGGUGAAGAACCCCACUGCCUUUAUCCGCUCUAAACUCAAGGCCCGCUCAGCGGUGCUUGGGGUGUCCUUGGACACCAUGGAUGAGCACAGCAAGAUCUUGAAACGUCGGCACCCAAGGAUGUGGCGGCUCCUCUCCGGCCUUGCCGUGGCGCACACGGCGGCACAAGAUCCUGCCAGCAUGGCCACGGCCAUGGCGGGGCAGGUGGCGGGGAUCAUGGCCACCAAGGCAGAGAAGAUGGUGGAGAACCGCUUGGAGCAUCCGCCCGAGACGGUGCCGUGCAUCGGGGAUAGCUGCUGCAUUGGAUCCACCUGCAUGAACUUGCCAGGCAUGGGCUGCAAAGCCAGCCGAGGGCGCACCCAGUGCGUGGGUUCCAGUGCUUUCGCCAUGAAGGAAGGUGUUUGCCAAUGCCUAAGGGGCCCAUGCAAUGAAGAGGGCAUUUGUGUUAGCACGCUCCCCCCAGAGCAGCAGAAGGACUUCCUGCCCCCGCCGGUGCCGAGCGCACAGACGCACGUCAUUGAUCACAUGGACGCUGGACAACAGGGUGGCGGCAUCCCUGUAGUGCCCAUUGCCAUUGCUUUGGUCCUGGCAAAUGUGGUCAUUUGGGGUGCAAUUUGGUGCAUCCGGCAGAGACGAUCGCGGGGCUACGACAGCAUGUCCACCGAUGAUGAGGGUACUCCCAUGGGUGCCUACAAAGGAGGAAAUAAUCGACGUUUCCAGGGUCCGGGCCACUGA